ACUGGCGACCGACAAUCAUCUGCGAAGGGCCCAACGGCUUUUUUCCUCCUUUUCAUCAUAAGCUCCGCAGUAAGAAAUAAGUAUCUUCAUUGUUCGGUACCGAGCUCCCCCGUCCCUUCGAUCGUUCCUAUAGUGCCGGCCACAUGUGAGAACGCGCGGGAUCACCACGAUUUAAAAAAUGAACAAGAAAAAGAAAAGGUGAAGAAAAACAGAAGAAGAGAGGAUAGCAGAGUGACCCGCGAUAUCAUCAUCAUCAUACACUUGACCAUAGAUUGGCGUAAAAAAAAUUAG